GCGGAGAUUCAGGAGGAGAGAGGAAGAGGAGGAAGAGGAGGAUGAUGAUGAUGAUGAUGAUGAUGAUAAAAAACAUGUCGGUGUUUUCUUCCCGAACAGAUGAUCAGAGAGCGCGCGGGCUGGACGAGAAGAGCGCGUAACCGCGGCGUCUCCGUGCGCGCGUCCGUGUGUGUGUGUGUGUGUGCGCGCGCGCGCGCGUCCCUCCCUGAUUAAGGCUUUAUUCUAACAGCGGCCGCGUUAAUGAGCGCGCGCUCCUGCGGACCUGCCUAGUGUGUGUGUGUGUGUGUGUGUGUGUUUCAUCUGUGAGUGAGGAUGAGUGAAGAGGCGAGCAGUGUACCGAGAGAUCUCCUGGAGAGCGUUCGGGAUGCAGUGGGGAGGAAAAUCAAACUGGGCCUUAGGAAGAAAGUCAAGCUGGAGGUCAAGGGUGAUAAAGUGGAGAACCGAGUCCUGGCUCUGGCAUCACAUCGUGGAUAUCUCCUCACUGCACGCAUUCCUGCCAAGGUUGAACAGUCGUUUAACUAUUUGGAGAUUCAAGGCAUCACAUGUACCAAACCCACACAGUGUGUGUUGGAGUAUGAGAGAGGUCAGAUCUCACUCAGACUGGUGUCUACGGAGGAGGUGAACGAGGUGGUGUGUCACAUCGGAGUGUGUGUGCAGAGGAUCUGUCCCGCUAUGCCUCCUGUUAAGGUGAUGAAGAAGUUGUCCAUGGAGCCUCCUGAGAGAAUCGCGGCUCUGCAGAACAUCUGGGAGACUCAGAGCUCCGGAGAGCCCGGGCCCUGCGGUGGAUUCUCUCAGCAGUACCGGUGUGUGUGCGACUGGCUCGGCUUACCUUACAAAGAAGAAGUCCAGUGGGACGUGGACACGAUCUACCUGACGCAGGACACACGCGAGCUGAACCUGCAGGACUUCAGUCACUUGGAGAACAGGGAUUUGGUAGCAAUAAUCGCCGUCCUGGAGUUUAACCAGUGGUUCACCAAACUCACCACUAAGGAUUAUAAACUGUCCACAGAUGUGUGUGAUCAGAUUUUGAGAGUCGUCGCACGUUCCAGUCGUCUAGAGGAGCUUGUCCUGGACAACGCAGGCCUCAAAACGGAUUUUGCCCAGAAGCUGGCGAACGCUCUCUCUCAGAACGCCUCCUCAGGACUGCACUCGCUAAACCUCGCCAACAAUCCACUGGAGGACAGAGGGGUCGCUUUUUUAGGUGCUCAGUUCGCCAAACUCCACAAAGGCCUCAAACACCUCAACCUCUCCAGAACCUCGUUAUCACCCAAAGGGGUGAACAGCCUCGCCCAGUCGCUGAGUGCUAACCAGUCCAUGCCCAGCACGCUCAGCUACCUGGACCUCUCAGGGAACCUGCUGCGUGGAGACGACCUCUCGCAUUUCUAUAACUUCCUGGGCCAGCCGAACAGCCUGAGCACGCUGGACCUGUCCAACACCGACUGCUCCCUCGACUCGCUGUGCUGUGCGCUCCUGAAAGGCUCGCUCCAGCAUCUCUCCGUCCUUAACGCGUCGAAGAGCGUCUUCUCCCACAGGAAAGGUAAAGACAUUCCUCCUGCCUUUAAGCAGUUCUUCAGCAGCGCCCUCUCCCUCAGCACCAUCAACGUGUCCGGGACCAAACUGCCCCCCGAGGCUUUAAAAGCGCUCCUGCUUGGCCUGGCCUGUAACCCCAACCUUAAAGAGGUGGCACUGGACCUCAGCUGCUGUGAGCUCCGCUCCGGAGGCUCACAGAUCCUGGAAGGCUGCAUCGCAGAGAUCCCCAACAUCUCCAGCCUCGAUCUUUCUGACAACGGUCUGGACUCGGACAUGAGCACGCUGCUGGUGUGGCUCGCCAAGAACCGCUCCAUCAGAAACCUGUCCCUUGGCAAGAACUUCAACAACAUCAAGUCCAAAAAUCUGGCUCGCGUCCUCGACAGCCUCGUCCACAUGAUACAGGAAGAAGAAUCGCCCCUGACGUCUCUGUCUCUGGCCGACUCGAAGCUGAAGACAGAGCUAAGUAUCGUCCUGAACGCUCUGGGCAGUAACAGCUCUCUGACCCGAGUGGACAUCAGUGGGAACGGGAUGGGGGACCUCGGGGCUAAGAUGCUGGCUAAAGCCCUGCAGAUUAACAGCAAGCUCAGGACCGUCAUCUGGGACAGAAACAACGUCAGUCCACAGGGUCUUCAGGACGUUGCUGCGGCACUAGAAAAGAACUUCACCAUCCGCUUCAUGCCCAUCCCCAUCAUCGACGCGUCUCAGGCCCUGAAGGCGAGUCCGGAGAAAACCGAGGAUGCCCUGAUGAGGAUGGAGAACUACCUGUUCAGGAACCACGAAACCCGUAAAUAUGUUCAGGAGCAGGCGUAUCGUCUUCAGCAGGGCAUCGUCACCACCACCACGCAGCAAAUGAUCGACCGGAUUUGCGUGAAGGUCCAGGACCAUCUCAACUCUCUGAAGAACUCUGAGCAGGACGCCAUAUUGGAGGACGUCAGGAUGGCGGAGAACCUGAUAAAGGACGCCAGGAACUCAAAAACGCUCCUCCCCAACCUGUACCACCUCGGCGCCUCGUCCCGGAAGGAGCUGAACGGUUCGACUGUGGGUCCAAUUCAGGAGAAACUGGACUCCAUGGCUGGAGAAGUGGCUCAGGUCAUGGACGAGCAGCUCCAGAGCCUGUUGGAGUCUAUGGUGGACACGGCUGAGAGCCUCUGUCCUCACGUGAUGCGGAAACCCAACCUGCGUCACGAGCUGAUCAAAGCAGGGACGGGGAAGAUGACAGUACCACGAAGCUUCGUCAAGAACACUCUGCUCGAGCAGUCUGGAAUUGAUAUUAUCAACAAGAUCAGUGAAGUGAAGUUGAGUCUGGCUUCGUUCCUCUCCGACCGGAUCGUCGAUGAGAUUUUGGAAGCGCUUUCUGGCUCUCAGAAUACACUGGCAGAGCACCUGGUGAGGAAAGGGCGCCCCCUGGUCCAGCAGGAGUCCGUGGACUUGGACGUCCCAGAGGUCAGAACCUCCAAAAGGAACACCAUGGAGCUGAUGGAGGCUGAGAGGCUGGAAGACCUGGAGUCCUGCAUGAUGACUCCAAAGUCAAAAAGGAAGAGCAUCCACAGCCGGAUGCUGAGGCCAGUCUCCAGAGCAUUUGAGAUGGAGUUUGAUCUUGACAAGGCUCUAGAGGAUGUGCCCAUCCAUGUUGAAGACACAUCACCAUCUGCCAAACUAGACAAAAAGCCACCCGGCGCUGUGGGAGACCUGCCAUCCGAGGAAGCCAAGAAACUCCAACAUUACACCAAGUUACGACCCAAGAGAAACAAGAAGACUCAGCCGAGCAGGGUUCCUGUGAGUGACCCAGUCUGCAUGCAGGUCAGCAGCAUGCCGUCACAGGAAGGAGAGCAGAACGGCCUCAUGGGAAGGGUGGAUGAAGGAGUGGACGAGUUCUUCUCCAGGAAAGUCUCCAAGAUGAACAAGAAGUCCUCCUUGAAGUCUUCAGACUCUCAAGAUGCUGAAAGAAAACGUGAAAUGCGAAAAGGGGGCUUUCUAAACCUCAUCAAGUCCCGCUCAAGUAAGGACAAGGAGAAGGAGAAGGAGAAAGAGAAGGAGAAGGAGAAAGAGAAGGAGAAGGAGAAAGAGAAGGACAAGGAGAAAGAGAAGGACAAGGAGAAGACCUCCACUUCAGCUCCACCCAUGUCCCCAGUCCCUCAGACUGCAGAAGAAGCCUUGUCCCCCAAGGCCAAGUCCCAGUCAUUACGUUCAGAGCACAGCAGCAACUCGGACCAGUCUGAGGAACUGAAGACACCAGACUGUGGAGUCCAGGUGAUGGGGUCUGGUCUGUUCGCUGAGAUGAAGGCCAAGCAGGAGAAGAGGUCCAAGGUUCCUGACUCCUCGUCGAGUCCGGAGAAGCCAGACGGACCUGCAUCAGGUCAGGGGAAGGUGGAGGUCAGCGGCACUGUGAAGCCCCCUGACAAGACGCCUCGGGUCGGGGGGGAGUUGAAACCCGAGGCAGCACCGAGGACCCGAGGGCCGGGCCCGAACCCGACGAGUCCGAAACCUCCGCUUCAGAGCAGCAAACCGAGCCUAGGCCCUCGUCCGGCCCUCCCGCAGAAACCCCGCAGCAGCAGCACACGCAGCAUGGACGAGAGCUCAGAGUCUCCUGCAGGAGGUCAGAAGGUUCCGUCUACACUCCGGAAAACGCCCUGGGAAAAGAACGGAUCCUCGUACCCUGCACAGAGCGCAUCCACCUCCAAGAUCUCCACUCAGGAAGUGGACUCGACUGAAGGAGACGUUAGCGUAUGUAAGCUCGAGCCAGAGCUGGAGAAAACAGCGAUGCGACCCCCGGAGGAGGCGGAGGCCGAGCUAGAGCACAGGACGUCCCUGUCCCGAGCCGCAAGAACCUCGAGCACAAACCAGCCGAGCUCGGACAAGAACGGGUCAAAGGACAAGGACUCGAGUCAGAGCAGCAGAUCGGCAGAUUCUGGAGAGGAAGCAGAUAAAGAUUUUAUUUUUGUAUAGAGAGAGAGAGAGAGAGAGAGAGAGACCACAUCACUCUGUGUUUCUGCUUCAGGAAUCUAGACUGUUAAAAGAACCGAUGCAUUCCAGCUGCACUCUCAGAUGUGUGUGUGUUUGUGUGUGUGUAUGUGCGUGUGUUACACAAUACACUCUCAUUCAGUUCUUCCAUAGUGUCUGAUGCGGGACGGCGUCGCCGUAUGACGUGCCCUGUGUUUAUCUCCUCCUCCUAUGCGAAUUAGGGCUAAAACACUGUUAAAGUGCUGACCGAUCUCUGGUUUCUGCACUGACACUAGAGGGCACUUUACUACCUGCCCUCGUGCCUUACAGCUCCGCUGUACUGUGAUCAGACCGAGCAGGACACCGGCGGCGUCACAGAUAACGUAUGCAUGUCUGAUUAUCCUUUAAACAAAACAAAAAUAUCAAGAACAAGCAAACUUUUCUCUGUUUUGUGCGCCAUCACAUUCUGAUCCGAGGUCUAAGAUGAGCAGAUCAGACUCAGAUUUCCGUCUCAGAGAUCGGAUUUCACGCGUCAAACUCUGUCCUGACUUUUAUAAACUGCAUGUUGGUUGUGUAUCUGCCUGCUGUGUCUCGGGUCUUUGGGGUACGUGUUCAUGAAGACCAGCAACACUGAUCUGAGAUCAGACAUCUUGGAUUGGACUCUUUGCUUCAAUAAGGUGAUCUUGGAUCAUAUUGUCCCCCCUUACAAGAUCAUACAAGUCCUCUUCAAAACAACACUUCUUAAUUUAGGAUUAGACCCCUCCAUUUCAUGGUGAUUUGAGAUCAGAUCCCGGCAGAUUGCACAGGUUUAUGGGGCUGAAUGAUCAGACACUUCCUGGUCUGAUGAUCUGAGAUCGGAUUUUCAUACCUUUGUUUUUUGCUCAGUAAUGUAAAUGUAUAAACAUGGCAUCAGAUCAGAUUCUGUUCUACAGACUCUCUCACGUCUGAUCGGAUCAGUGCUGAGGUUCUUCAUGUCCACAACAAACUUCCCUUUUUUAUUAUUAUUAUUAUUUGAUUUAUUUGUUGAUCCGGGGCUCAUAAACCUUCGUGUGUGUGUGUGUGUGUUUGUGUGUGUGUUUACACACAUAUAGUCAGGUCUAAAGGUCUGAACUGCAAUCAGGUUUUAUUUUAUCUUGUGUUAAGAAAAACGAACAAAACAUUUUCAAAUAUGAACAAAUGUUGCUGAUGAUGAGCUGUAAUAAAAAAAAAGAAACAAAUAUCUUUUUAAAAAAUGUGAAAAAGGAAAAAAACAUUAAAUUUAUUUUUAAUUGCCUUUGGACGUUAUUGGACUCUUUUAAAAAAAGAAAAAAGCAGAUGAAGCAAAACCAAAAAUACACACAUUAAAGCCAUUUUGAAAUACGUUGUAAAAAAAAAUCAGUCCAUAAUUUUUUGUCUUGAAUUUUAAUUGAAAAUUUGCACUUUUUCCCCCCUCGCACCAUUAAAGGGAAGGGGCGGGGCUUAUAGCAGAAGAUUGACAGCUCGUGACCAGGGAGGUUUUGAUUGCACUUCUGUUUCGUUUGAGAAAAUCUAAAAUACAUUUUUUUCUUCCUGUUGGUGUUAAACAGAGAUUUGGCUCCUGAUUAAUAAUUUAAUUGAAUAAUUAUAAUUAAAGUGAGUAACACUUGCACACCUUUUGGAAUUUAUGUUAAUGAAGCGUUAAUUAGACAUUAAUCUGGUGUUAAUGAGGUGUUAAUGAGGUGUUCCACUUAGAACCAUUCUGUAAUUUAUUUUCAGUAAACAAGCAGGAGUCGGAUUUCAAGAUCUUUCUUUUUUUCCCCUCAUUUUCUUCUCUUGUGAUUCCUCACGUCAGGCUCUUCCUCUCCUCUUCUCCUCCUCUUCCUCUCCUCUUCUCCUCCUCUUCCUCUCCUCUUCUCCUCCUCUUCCUCUCCUCUUGUCUUUCUCCUUCUCUUCCUCUCCUCUUCUUCUCCUCUUCCUCUCCUCUUCCUCUCCUCUUGUCUUUCUCCUUCUCUUCCUCUCCUCUUUCUCUUCUCCUCUUCCUCUCCUCUUCUUCUCCUCUUCCUCUCCUCUUCCUCUCCUCUUCUCCUCCUCUUCCUCUCCUCUUGUCUUUCUCCUUCUCUUUCUCUCCUCUUCUCCUCCUCUUCACUUCUUCUUUUCCUCUCCUCUUCCCUUCUUCUCCUCCUCUUCUCCUCCUCUUCCUCUCCUCUCUCUUCUCCUCCUCUUCCUUUCCUCUUGCAUACCUCUCCUUUUCUCUUUCUCCUUCUUUUUCUCUCCUCUUGUCUGUCUUCUCCUCCUCUUCCUCUUGUCUUUCUCUCCUCUUCCUCUCCUCUUCAGAUGUACAUUUUGUUGAUAUGAAUGAUUUAUAUUAAUGUAAUUGCGUAACACUUGGACUGUGUAUUAUUUGUGUUAUUUUCCCGUAAGGUGAAGGGGAACAGUGAUUGAUUAGUUAAUGUGUGUAUGCAAAUCAGUGUUAAUAUAUCAUGUGAUCCUUUUUCUUUUUUUAAGCUCUGUGUGUGUGUUUGUAAUCACAGUUUUUUGAUCUGGUCUGUACUAACGUUUCACUCGUGCACUGUGUGUGUGUGUGUGUGUGUGUGUGUGUGUGUUUAGUUCAUGAAUGUUUUGUCUUUUCUAUCAAUCGAAUUAAAACUGAUUUUACACA